GAGAGAAGACAAUGAGCCUCUUCAAUGGUCCCUUGGUGUAUAAAAGGCAUUCGGGUGAAGCUUCUCCAUCCUGACAGGAAAGCAGCACACACGGAUUAUCAAGCUCCAUCAUGGUGCAGAGAGUCGCAGUGAUCGGGGCGGGCCCCUCUGGUCUGACCAGCAUAAAGGCUUGCCUGGAUGAGGGCAUGCAGCCGACCUGCUUUGAAAGCAGCGAUGACAUGGGGGGACUCUGGAAGUUCAAGGAAGUAUCUGAGCCCAACAGAGCCAGCAUCUACCGCUCUCUCACCAUUAAUAUCUCCAAGGAGAUGAUGUGCUACAGCGACUUCCCCAUCCCUGCUGAUUACCCCAACUACAUGCACCACUCUAAAAUCCUGAAGUACUUCAGGAUGUACGCAGAGCACUUUAAACUGCUGCAAUGCAUUCGCUUCAAGACAUCAGUGAAGAGAGUCAUGCAGACACCAGACUUUUCUCGCACCGGUCAGUGGGAGGUGGUGACGGAGAACAAAGAUGGGUUGGAGGAAAGGCACGUCUUCGAUGCAGUUAUCUGCUGCUCGGGUCAUUACACGUACCCUAACCUGCCCCUCAAAGACUUCCCAGGAAUUGAGACGUUUGAUGGAAAGUACCUCCACAGCUGGGACUACAAGGGACCUGAGGACAUGCACGGCAAGAGAGUGGUGGUCAUCGGCAUCGGUAACUCCGGAGGGGACAUCGCCGUGGAGAGUAGCAGAGUAGCAGAGCAGGUGUAUUUGAGCACCCGUCGUGGCGCCUGGGUGAUCCGCCAGGUUUCAGAUAACGGCCUGCCGGUGGACAUGAAGUACAACACCAGGUUUGUCCACAUCCUGUUCCAGCUGCUGCCCAUGAAUUUCUUCAACUGGUUUGGAGAGAAGAAACUCAACGCCAUGUAUGACCACAGCAUGUAUGCCCUGAAGCCGCGGCACAGGCUCUUCAGUCAGAUACCAGUGAUCAACGAUGAUCUGCCACUAAGGAUUCUUUCAGGGUCCGUCAUCAUCAAACCAAACGUGAAGGAAAUCUGUGGCUCCACCGUGGUUUUUAGUGAUGGCAGCAGAGCAGAAAAUGUGGACACAAUUGUGUUCGCCACAGGGUACAACUAUGACUUCCCCUACUUGCCGAACAACGUUCUAUACAAGUCAGGUCACAGGGUAGGUCUGUACAAACACGUUUUCCCCCCCAACCUGGAGCAUCCCACUUUAGCCGUGGUGGGCUUCAUUCAUGCCCUCGGAGCCAUCAUGCCUCAAGCUGAAAUGCAGGCCCGCUGGGUGACACGUGUCUUCAGAGGACUCAAGAAGCUUCCCUCAAACCAAUCAAUGAUCAAAGCAGUUGAGAAGGACACUAAGGACAUUGAGAAAAACUAUAUUGUGUCAAAGCUGACACCCCUGCAGGUGGAUUUUGUUUCCUAUAUGGACGACAUCGCUGGAGAGGUUGGAGUGAGGCCAAGUCUUCUCUGGCUCUUCUUCACAGACUACCAGCUCUUUAAACAUGUACUCUGGGGCCCCGUCACUGCCUACCAGUACCGGCUGAUGGGACCGGGGAAAUGGAAGGGGGCUCGCAAAGCAAUCCUCACCCAGUUCAACCGCAUGUGCGAGCCUCUAAAAACCAGAAAGCUGGAUGAGCAGCAUUCCUCCAUCACUGGCCGCCUGGUCAAGCUGAGCCUGCUGAUCCUGGGGGGAGGGGCCGCUGUGUUCUACUUCCACAGACGUAACCCAGACACCAUACCCACCCUGCUGUCCAACCUCCGUCCACAGACAGUCUGAGCAUGCGACGUUCUAACGAUGAGAAAAGAACCCCGGAUCACAGAAUCCAGCCGGCUCAGGAGCCGUUCAACUAUGUGGUUAUUAGUGCAUGGGUCAGGAUUGUGGCGCUUCUUGUUUAUGUCAUUGUUAAAUGAGCAGCUGAUUGAUGGCAGUGAUAUUGUUGUGGGUUUUUUUAUUACUGCUCUUUGUGGAUUCUUGAAAGCAGAUUGCCAAAUUGUGUUUCUUAUGCAUCUGUUUUAAAAAUGCAAGUGUAGAUUAAAAGUUUGAGAUUCAUGUGUUUCAAACAGGUCAACCAAACUGCACACUGCCUGUUGCAUUGUUGGCAACUAGGUCAAGCAUGUUUGUUUGGGUCUGCAAUUUCCCUUUUCUAUCACAAAUGCAAUAAAAAAAAUACAAAGAC